CUGGGAAUCGGAGGCCUUGUUCUGAAACGACCGCCCUUUUUUGGAGCAAGCCGAGAGUAGAUCAGCGUUUCAUAUGUCGUCGGAAAUAUCACCACAAAACAAGUUUUUGCUGUAAUUUUACUAAACUUCAGUUCAGGAUCUCCCUGAAGAUGUCAACGGUGGAGGAGGUUGAGGCAACGGGUGGUAGUGAGUAUCCAGCUCACUAUAAAGUCAUGUUGGAGAAAUUAAAUGAGCAGCGACAGCUCGACCAGUUCACAGAUAUUACCCUGAUAGUUGAUGGACACCAAUUCAGAGCCCAUAAAGCUGUGUUGGCAGCAUGCAGUCAGUUUUUCUACAAAUUCUUUCAGGAUUUUACCCAAGAACCCCUGGUGGAGAUAGAAGGUGUGAGCAACGCAGCCUUUCGUCAGCUGAUGGACUUCACGUACACAGCCACACUAGCUGUUGCAGGGGAGAGCGAAGCUUUUGAUGUGUGGAAAGCUGCUGAAUACCUGCAGAUGCAAGAAGCCAUCAAGGCGCUCGACAAGAAGAUUCAUGAAUUUUCGUCAUUGACAGCCAGAAGUACAAGUAAAAAGAGGAAGAUUGCAGAGACUUCUAAUGUGAUUACAGAAACCCUGCCAACAGUAGAAGGAGAACAAGUGGAGAUUCAGGUAAUAGGCGAAGGACCCAUUGAGGUGGAAGAGUCCGGCUUGGAGGAAGUUGUAGACGCAGCAAAAAAUGCUCAAGCAUCCUCAGAUGACUCUGCUUUAGCUCUCCUUGCUGAUAUAACUAGUAAAUACCAGCAAGGAGAACCAACCAUUCAAGUUAUUAAACGGGAAGAAAUAGAAGAGCACGAGGUGGUUUAUCAAGAGGAAACGGUGACGGCGUCAAAGGUCCUGGAGAAUGUUGAGGUCGUUGAGGUGCAGAUCUCCCAAGCGGACAACAUGUUUCGCUGCAACAAGUGUGAGCGCAGCUUCAAGCAGUACUCCCACCUGAAGCAGCACAUCAAAAGUCACCUGGGCUCGCUGGAGAGGCCGCAUGUGUGCAGUCACUGCGGGAAAGCUUACACAAGGGAGGGGGCUCUGAAGCAGCACAUAAACACUUUUCAUUUUGAGGCAGAGGAGCUGUCUCAAAAUCAAAAGCCCCAGAAGAAGGUCCACGUCUGUGAAUACUGCAAGAAGAACUUUGACCACUUCGGACACUUUAAGGAGCACCUGCGAAAACACACUGGUGAAAAACCAUACGAGUGUCCAGAUUGUCAUGAGAAAUUUGCGAGGAACAGUACGCUGAAGUGCCAUAUGGCGGCCUGUCAGAAUGGGGCCGGGGCCAAAAAGGGACGCAAGAAACUCUACGAGUGCCAGGUGUGCGGCAGUGUGUUCAACAGUUGGGACCAGUUCAAAGACCAUCUAGCGAGUCACACAGGAGAAAAGCCAAACCACUGCACUGUGUGUGACAUGUGGUUCACUCACCCCAAGGAGCUGACCGCCCACCUAAAGGAGAUUCAUCUGAUUGUGGAGAAAAUACCGGAGCAGCUGGUCAUCACCGACUCUGCCGCCCUCACGAUAGCAGCGCAGAGCCUCGGCGGGGCUGAAACCGUCCUGUUGGAUGACGGCAUUCAGGUGGAGCACGUCACCGUGGAGCCUGUAAAUGUCAUGGAAUUGGAGGAAACUGCAACUGUUGUGGUGGAAGACGGAGGGGUCGGGGAGAUGUGCGAAGAGGACGUGGAGCGGUUGAAACAGGCGGGGCUGCAGAUCCAGGUGGUGCAUGUGACCACGGCUGAUGUCCAGGGGCAGCAGGUGGUGAACUCUCAGGUGGAAGCAAAGAUGGAGGAGAUGGUGAACGAGGAGGAAGCAGAGCAGCCGUUGGUCGUAUGAAAUGACCUCCAGGACACUUUUCUGUUGCAGCAAUAUCAAAUUAUGCUGUAGUGGAUGCCUCAUUUCUCAGAGAUCUGCAUGUUUGGGUUUUUUUUAUUCUCAUCCGCAUCAUGAGUUAUUGACAUUUUUUGUAAAAGGUUAUCUUCACUUGCCUUUGUCUUGUUUCAUGCUUCAUUUUUAUCUUUAUUGCUUUGCCUCACUGAAUAUUUAACUCCAAAAACACAUUUGAAUAAAAGGUGGACAUGGAGUUUAACAUUGCAGCAUCUUGAAAAAUAUUCUGUUUCAUAGAAAUUUCAUUGUCCUCAUUGAACAAUAUUUAUUUUCACAACAGUAUAGUUUUUUUUUUGUGUGUUAAAAAAUUUGAACCAUAAAAUAAAAUUGGUUUUGGCCA